UCUGAGUCACUGUAUGAAUCCAGCAGCCCUGUUCCCCUUCCCAUCACCUCUAACUAAAGUUUUUGGGAUGCUGGGCAGCUUGAGGGACGAGAAAUAAGGUGCUGCAUCUUGGUUGGGAGCUGACCGUUUCAUCUCUAAAUUACCUUUUCCAGGCAAAUCUAGGUCUGCAUUAGGUUAAAACAAGCAUGCACCAAAAAUGCUUGUUAGCUCUGUAACUGAACAGGUUCAGUAAGGGAACUUUUCUUCUUGUUGUCUUGCAGGAAUCAAGAUCAUAAAACAAAUCCUUCGAUUACCUUUGCAGCCUCUUUCAAGUUCACUGACAGAACUGGUCAUGGAGCCAGAAUGUCAGCAGCUUGCAGAGACCAAGUAGCAGUGGUUCCUCCCAGGCAGGUUUAAUGUGGAAACUGUACCUGUUCUGAGAAUAAAGAAAGACUUCAGUCUUCAGAGAAGCAAUACAGAACACAGCAUUAGCAUCAGAUGAAGAACUAAUCACCCCAAAUUGCAAUCAUGGCUAAUUCCCUGACAUGCUACACUAUUGGAUGGGUUAUCUGCUCGCUGUCCAACCCUCUGGUGGCACAGCACUAAUCACAGAGUCCCUGAGCUGUGUCAGUGCUGCAGGUGCCUUAUGGGCACUCUAAUGAUGACGUUCUGCGACAAGGCUAUAAAUACACAGGCUCCCACAGGUGAAGACCCGGUUGCACUGAGCAGCGAGGGGCUCCUGUUGGCUGCAUCCUCCAGCAGCACAGCAUUAACCAAGGGCUGCACCUGGGGAGCCCAGGGGUACGGCAGCAAGAUUCCAUAGCGUGUACAGCAGCAGGAAAAGGGCCAAAGGGAAAAAGGAUAAACUAGUUAAACAGAAAGUCCUACCGACAAAACCCCAAAAGCCUUCUGCCGCUCCAUCUCCUUUACUGUUUGUUUUGUCAGAGUUCGAGAAAGUGACAGCCACUCACAACACAGAGCUGAGGAAGGGAAUUAUCAGCCCUCAGCCAACGCAGCUGUCAAACUCCCGCACGUUUCGUCGCAGGCUCACAGCUGCCGCUCCUGCCGCUCCAGCAGCCGCGCCGCCCCGCUCCCCUCACAGCCCCGCUGCCAAGGCGGGCAGCGCUGCGCGCGGAGCUCGGGCGGAGCCGGGAGCGGGACUGAGAUCGUGAGCUGCGCUACUGAGGAAAAGGCUGAAGAACGCGGAGCAGAAAUACGGCCCGUGAGCCCACAGAGCGGCUGGGCAGUGGGGGACGGAGGAGAAAGGGCGGCCUGAGGGAGGAGAAAACGAGCGCAGCCCAUCCCGUGAGGACCGAGCCGUGAUGGAGGUCACCGGGACGGCGCUCCCCGCAGGCCCCUCGGUCUCCACACCACGGCACUCGCACGCCGCGGGCGGGGGCCAGGCUCCCCGGGCCGGACGGCCCCAGGACACGCCGGAGCCGUGAGGGAGCCGCUCCUCCCGCCAUUUCCCCUCACGAAGCACCGCCGCGCUCGCGCUUCCCCCUUAUUCCCGUAGCUCAGCUACGCCCGCUGCGCAGCCGCACCUCGCCGCGGUACGCAAACGGCGCAAGGACAGAGAGGCCGCGCAUUUCGCGCAGAGCCCGCCCCGAUUCCCGAAGCGGCUUUACGACAGACGGGGCCCGGAGGGGGCGGGGCGCCACGGAGGCGGCGUAAGGAAGGGCCCCGCGUCCGGCCCUCCCGCCUUCCUCCCCCCUCAGACGUGGCGGGGGAAGGGCCGCGCGAUGUGGCAGCGAUCCGCGUGCGUGGGCCUGCUGGCCCUGGCGCUGGGCUACCUUUGCCUGCUGGGCCCCCAGUCGCCCCCCUCCAUCCUACAGCACCUCUCCGCCUCUCUGCUGGGCGGGCUGAGCCGCGCCGGCUCCCUGGAGAACCGCAUGGUAGCGGCCUGGCAGGCGGCCAUCGUCCGCCCGGCGCGGGGCUGGGGGCGCGUCGCCGUCGGUGUCAAUGCCUGCGUCGACGUGGUUCUGUCCGGUGUGAAGUUGUUGGAGGCACUUGGUCUUAAACCUGGGCUGGGAAAAAAUCAUGACGUCCUGAACUCCAGACAGGACCUGAGAGAAGCAUUCACUCACUUCAUGGAGAAAGGAGCGGCUGCCGAACGCUUCUUCAGCGACGCAGAGUCCUUCCAUCACAUAGCACAGACUGCCUCGGAGCACCCUGGUGCACAGCUUUACGUUGGAGGCAAUGCUGCUCUCAUUGGUCAGAAGCUUGCAGCAAAUCCAGACCUGAAGAUUCUCCUUUGUGGCCCAGUUGGUCCCAAGCUCCAUGAACUACUAGAUGACAAUGUGGUUGUGCCACCUGAAUCCAUGCAGGAAAGAGAUGAGUUCCAUCUUAUCCUGGAAUAUCAAGCAGGUGAAGAGUGGGGACAAGUGAAGGCACCCAACGCCAACCGCUUUAUCUUCUCCCAUGACCUAUCAAAUGGAGCCCUAAAUAUGCUGGAAGUGUUCGUGUCCAGCUUGGAGGAGUUUCAGCCUGAUCUCGUGGUACUUUCAGGACUGCACAUGAUGGAAGGCCAGAGCAGGGAGAUGAGACACAGACGUCUUAUGGAGGCGGUAGCCUCCAUCUCUGACAUUCCUACUGACAUUCCUAUACACCUGGAGCUGGCCAGUAUGACUGAUCAGGACUUUAUGAGCAACAUUGUGCAUCAGCAGGUCUUUCCCCUGGUGAACUCCAUUGGUCUGAACGAGCAGGAGCUGCUCUUCCUCACGCAGUCAGCCUCUGGUCCCCACGCCUCCCUGGCUUCCUGGAAUGGCGUCCCUGACGUGGGUGCCGUCAGCGACAUCCUCUUCUGGAUCCUGAAGGAGCACGGGAAGACUGCGGACCGGGCCUCGGAUCUCACACGGAUCCACUUCCACACGCUGGCCUACCACAUCCUCGCCACAGUGGAUGGGCACUGGGGCAACCAGGUGGCUGCCGUGGCUGCCGGAGCCAGAGCGGCAGGGGCGCAGGCCUGCGCGACCGAAACCAUCGAUACUAGCAGAGUCUUUCUUAAAGCUCCUCUGGAGUUUGUGACCUCCCAGAUAGAGGCACCUUCCAAAAUAUCCUUAAAUCCAGAUGAGCCAGUGGUGCAUUGGCACAGAGAAGGCAUCUCCUUCCAUUUCACUCCUGUUUUGGUGUGCAAAGAUCCUGUGCGGACCGUGGGACUUGGGGAUGCUAUUUCAGCUGAAGGACUGCUAUACUCAGAAAUAAAUCUUCAGUAGAAGACUGAGGUCCCCUUUGUCUCCAGUACUGUGCGGUGUCUGAGGAACCGUGCUGUUAUCAUUAGGAUUUCAGCCAGUGCUGAUAUAGGAACAGAAUCAGGGUGCGAUAUGUUUUCUGGAUAUAACAGAAGAGCCAAAGAAUAAUUCCAGGUGUAAACUGUCAGAUACAUUCCAGUCACUUUGCAGUGACUAGAACACUUCACGUUUCAGUGCAGAGGUUUUCGUAUUUAAUGUGAAAAUUUGGCUUUUCUUUGUCUUAAGUAUUUGGGGAGGGACACAAAUAAUCAAAAUCCAUAUUUGGAGGAGGUCUGCUCUUUGUAACUGCACAUGGGCCUUGUCUGCUAGUGCUGGAAAAUGUGGCAGUCCUGAGAGCUUCCUCCCCCAUGGAUCCCAGGGAGAGCAGAGCACUGCUCAGCCCUGUCUUGCUUAUGAUAAAGUAAAAAUAGAAAACUCCUGCAUUAUCUCCUCACAGCACAUGGCUAGGUGGCAGGAGCAAACCUUCCGCUCAUUCAGUGUGCUGAUGAAAUCUGUUCCUGACAAAAUUACCUCUCAACCUCAGUGCCCCUGCAGCGGAGGGAGCCAGAGCCUGAAAAUGUGAUGCAACACUGUACCCACUCCUUGAAUGCACAGGUGGGCUCAAGGCAGUUUAAAUUAUUUUGGGUAUCUGUUCUUUCUGUGACUGACAAGAUUCAACUCGUUGCCUGCAGUUAGUCUUGGGGCAACUGAAAGUGAAGAUAUUCAGGGUUUAUAUUUGGGGAGACAGCUUUAUUUUUUUGUCGGGUAAACAACAAAACGUGACCUGUGUGCUACAUGCUAAAUGCCAAGAGCCACAGCCACAGGGGCUCGCUGCUUGCUCCUUUUGCUAACAGCUGCUUACAUGGGGCACAGCUUACAGCAACCAGUUGAGUGCUGGAGACUAACUUUUUAUUUGGGAACUCCUGUGUAGUUUUGUACAGUUUCGCUGCCUUCUGUUCAGAUGGAUUUAUUAGGGGAAGGCUCUCAGAAGCUCUAAGUGUUUUGCAGGGAAGCCUGAUGGGAGGAGCUUUUUUUUUCUUUGAUGAGGUCACUAGGCUGUCUUUGCUCUGGACAGCCUUUGAAAUUAAAAAAAAAAAAUAGAGCUGUGUCUUAUCAGUCCAAUUGAAUAGUAUCAUGGCCUUGCUAGUUUAGAAAUUUUGUUUAAUCUGUGUAUUGUUUAAUACUUUAUUUAUAUUUUUUACCUUUUGGUAAUAGACCACCACUGAUUGUCCAGCAUCAGUAUUCUUUUUGUCUCUUUUCCAGCAUAGCUUUGUCUCUGUCCACUUCCAGGUCCUAUUUCCAUAGCUAUCAUACAGAUAUUUUCAGUGUGAUAAUUAAAGGCAGCCAGUGUGUCCAUGCAAGUCUGUGCUGUACCAGGAUUGUAGGUCACUGUUUGCAUCCAAGCAGCAGGGAGGAGAGUCGGGAUCUCCUCGGCUGGAGGGAUCUGUUUCAGCAAGGCUGCUAUAUGGCAGUUAGUGAUGUUCUCCUGGUGGAAAACACCGUUGUGAAUACUCUGUAAGGACAAAGAUUGAUAGCUGUUUGAACAUCUAUGGACGUCAUGUAAAAUGUUAUCUGUCAUUAUGUGUUUAACUGCUCCUCUCCCUCUGAGCAAAGUUGUCUGUGUUGUACCAGAGGAGAAAUGGUCAGUGCUGUGUUUUCCCAUUGCGUGUCCCAUCCUGGCCUUCCGUUGGCUCUCAGUAUCUAUCUUAGUGCAGAAUCUUCUUAAACUGGAAGCCUUUCUCUUCAGUGUCUUUUUAAAACUUAUUAUUUAUAAACUGUAGCGCGGGACUCGGAGUUCUGGUUUAGUCUUCCUACAGGAAAAAAAAAACCAAAUAAAAAAUGUCUCCUGACAA